AUGGCCCUAAUGCUCAUGAAGGUCAUGAUCCUCUUGAAGAAAAUUAUAAAGUUGAUUAUUAACUCUUACUUACUAAGCAUUUGCUUUCAGAUUGAGUGCAGGGAAUCAUCAUUACCUGAAGAAUUCACUCCUGAUUCAGAAGAUGAAUUUAUUAAAAUCAGAAAUAACUGCACCAUUUUUCUUGGUUAUACGUCCAAUAUGGUGUCUUGUGGAGUCAGGGAGACAAUAAGGUUUCUUGUAGAGCACCAUUUAGUGGACUGCCUUGUUACAACUGCAGGAGGUGUAGAAGAAGAUCUCAUAAAAUGCCUGGCCCCAACUUACCUUGGUGAUUGGUAUUUGAAAGGGAAGGAGUUACGAAUGAAAGGACUCAAUCGAAUUGGCAAUCUCAUUGUGCCAAAUGAUAAUUAUUGUAAAUUUGAGGAUUGGGUAACACCACUACUAGACAAAAUGCUUGAAGAACAACAGUCUAAG